UCAGAGAUAAAAGAAAAAGACACAGAAUGAAAUUCAGCUGCGCAUUUGUGACUCUCCUGCUGGGCUGCUCCAUGGCCAGCGCUGGCCCCCAGGCCCGCCUGGCCGGCGGCGAGGAUGCCGUUCCGGGCCAGCUGCCCUAUCAGGCGGCGCUCUCCGUUGGCGGCAGCUACAACUGUGGCGCUGCCAUCAUUGCCGAGCGUUAUGCCCUGACCGCCCUCACCUGCGUCUGCUCGGCGGGCAAGGAUACGCCGUGGCCCCCACAGCUAUUUAUGGUUACGGCCGGCACCGUGGAUCUGUACAAUGGCGGGCAGCGCAUCCGCGUGGAGGAGAUCACAGUGAACCCCAACUACAAUGAGCUGAAGACAGGCAUUGCCCUGCUGCGCCUCAGCGAGCCGCUGGUGUUCAAUGAGUAUGUCGCCGCCGUGCCCCUGGCCACUGAGAACCCACCAGUGGGCGUCUACGUGGACAUCUCCGGCUGGGGACGCACCAAGGAGUCGGAGACCGACAUGUACCGCACCCUCCAGGUCGGAUUCGCCGUCACUGAGGCCGAGCGCCAGUGCCGCCUGGCCGACGACGUCCUUGAGAGCAACGACCAGGUGCUCUGCCUGGGCCACCAGAGGCGCCAGGGCGUCUGCACCGGCGACAUUGGCGGGCCCGCUGUCUACCAGGGCACCCUCGUCGGCCUGGCCGGCGAGACCUUGGGCGAGUGCGGCGGCAUGCUGCCCGAGCGCUUCAUUAGCAUUGCGGCCAACCGCGAAUGGAUCCAGGAGCAAAUGGAAUAACUUAUGGACAACUUGCCCAAUAAAGUCGAAACUCAAUUGUCUACAAUCAAUCAA